AUGGAGUUCCAUCUACCUUACUGCGCGCUACGGAGAGCCGACGGCUCGUUCGAUCCCCGAAAUUUCGAUCCGCGAGGACUACGCCGCGCUUACCCAAUGCUUCCAAACUACCGACAACCGCAAGAUCAGCUGUAUUACUAUGACGCUCAGAUCUCUGUCCUUGUUACCGGAGUGGUUGAAUGGUACUGGACCGCCUAUUGCUGUGUCGACACAUUUGCGAAAGAACCAGAGAAAGUAGAGACUUACAUGCGCCAUAAAAGCGAUGGCCCAAGUGCAGGGGGAAGCGCAGAGCAUUAUCCAUUGUGGAACCCGCGGGAGUAUUUCCUUCUCGUGCUCUCUCGACGUUGCACACAGGUUGCUCCCUAUUACAAGUCCAUGGCCGGAGACGGCAAUGAUUUCUUUGACGAUGCCCAGCUUGGGCGUACAAAAUCUUACACAAACGCAGUGUAUAUCAUGAGGAAAUUCAAGGACACCCUCAGCCUCAGUUUGGACACUUUUCAAGAUUUCCAGCAAGGCGAAUUGUUGUACUUCGACACAGGGAACAAACAGCACGAUGAAGGGUGGAAGCUGUACUUCGACAGCAUCUACGAAGACCUUGCUAGCAUGCGCUACCUCCAACGAGUCUUGCUCCAGAAGAUCCAGACCUUUGAUCGCAUGAAAGAUGAUUUGGUGAACUCUUCUGCUUUGUAUGAAAGCCGCUAUGCUACCAAGCAAGGAGAUGAUAUCGGGGUCCUGACCAAUAUGACAGUGGCGUAUCUCCCAUUCAGUCUUGCAACUGGUCUGUUCAGCAUGACGGACGAUAGCAUCGGAGUAAGGAGGUGGCUGUUAUGGGCGCUGACAUUGCUUGUCCUGGGACUGCCCACCUUCUACGUCGCCUUCAAAGAGAAGCUCCACGCCAUCCCAAAGCCUUGGAAGAGGAAGCAAGCUAAAGCAUGA